UAAUAGAAAUUUUGGAUUUAACGUUUGUAUUAAAUUUUCAUAAUAUAUGGUCUUAUGGCCUUACUGCAAUGGUUAUAUUUGAACGCACUCUGCAACUGCGAAGCUUACCUAACCUAUAAACCUAACAGUUUCACGUACCGCUUCAUUUCUAUUCAAUCAUCUUACCUUAAAAGGUAAUAAUUGGACUGUUUGUUAUAAAAAGAUAGAGAUAAGAAAAAAAAAAAUAAUUACAAGAUACAAUUGUUAACUAAAUUAAUACACGAAAUGUCUGAUCCGCGUAUACGAACUUUAAAAAUUAAAACCGGAGUAGUAAAACGUCUUGCUAAAGAAAAAGUUACUUACGAAAAAGAAGCAGCCCAACAACGUCAAAGAAUACAGCAAUUAAAAGAACAGGACAAGGAUGGAUAUGAUAUUAAGAAACAAGAAGAAGUUUUACAAGAAUCUCUUAUGAUGGUACCGGACUGUCAACGUCGUCUUGUAAAAGCUUUCGAAGAAUUAAAGGGUAUUUUGGAUACGGAACAGGAUUUAAAAGAAGCUGAGGAUUAUAUAGAAGCGGAAAAAGUAUUGCAAGAAGCCGAAGCUCAACUCCCUAAAGAAGGAGAAAUUUUGGAAAUGUGUUAGACGAAGAUUAAUGUCCAAGUUAAAUCUUUUCUA